AUGGGCAGUGGAGCCAGUGCGGAGGACAAGGAGCUGGCCAAGAGGUCCAAGGAGCUGGAGAAAAAGCUGCAGGAGGGUGCUGACAAGGAGGCGAAGACCAUCAAGCUGCUGUUGCUGGGCGCCGGCGAGUCAGGCAAGAGCACAAUCGUCAAGCAGAUGAAGAUCAUCCACCAGGACGGCUACACGCCGGAGGAGUGCCUGGAGUUCAAGUCCAUCAUCUACGGCAACGUGCUGCAGUCGAUCCUGGCCAUCAUCCGGGCCAUGUCUACAUUGGGCAUCGACUAUGCCAACACAGGCCGCGCGGAUGAUGGGCGACAGCUCGGCAACCUGGCGGAUUCCAUCGAGGAGGGCACCAUGCCUCCGGAGCUGGUGGACGUCAUCAAGAAGUUGUGGAAGGAUGACGGCGUGCAAGCCUGCUUCGACAGAGCCGCGGAGUACCAGCUCAAUGACUCCGCCUCUUACUACCUGAACCAAUUAGACCGGAUUACAGAUCCUGACUACCUCCCUAAUGAGCAGGAUGUGCUACGGUCCAGAGUGAAAACCACGGGCAUCGUUGAGACCAAGUUUUCAGUCAAAGACUUGAACUUCAGGAUGUUUGACGUGGGAGGACAGAGGUCGGAGAGGAAGAAGUGGAUCCACUGCUUCGAGGGGGUCACCUGCAUCAUAUUCUGUGCAGCCCUCAGCGCCUACGACAUGGUGCUGGUGGAAGAUGACGAGGUGGUGAGUGGCUGUCCCCUCAGCCUUGCGUCACUCCGAUGA